AUGAAGGUUGUACCUGCAAUGGACUAUGUUUAUGCUGUGCUACAUGAAAAUAGAUAUUAUAUCGUUUAUUUAGAGAAGAAGACACGUACUUGUCAUAGAUUCCAAAUUGAUGAAGUUCUGUGUGCUCAUGCUUAUGCAGUUUUAAAGAGCAAACAUUUUGAAGCUGAUGAUUACUGCUCUAACUUAUACAAGCCAGUAGCGGUGUUGGGCACGUAUGAGAUUCCUCUAUUGCCACUGCCUGAUAAGUCUACAUGGGAGAUACCAAAUUUUAUAUUGAGCGAAAUUGUUCUACCAUCCAAGUACAAACGUCCCCCCGGGAGGCCAAAGAAAAGAGAAAGAGAAAAGUCUGUUGGAGAUUUUUAUAAGACUAAAUCCACUAAAUCAUGCAGUGCUUGUGGGAUGACUGGUCACAAUAGGCGUUCAUGUAGGAAAAUACGUCGAGUUGAAUAA